AUGCCCAUCACAUUUACUGUCUCCACAAAGAAACCAAACGAAGUUUCCCUUCCAGCUUUUGAGAUCAAGCAGAUUCUUCCCGAUCCAACAAAAACCAAGGAAAAAUUCACCUUGGUAAAAUCAAGCUGUAGCUCAAGUCCUGAUUUCCUGACAGUUGGAAAUAAUUCAUUUAUUCACUCAGCAAUUUUGGCAUAUUCAGAACAUCAUAAUUUAGUCAUUAGACCUGAUGAUGUUUGGAUUGCAAUUGCAACUCAAUUUGCUAAUUAUGUCAACUCAAAAUCAGAAGAAUUGAGAAGCAAAUUUGUUGACUUUGAUGGUAAAAAGGAAUUGGUUGUUGUGGGAGGUGGAACUCUCUUCACUGCCGAUUGUGCGGAUUUAACUUUGAGAAUGACUGAACAAAUUGCAAAGAAUAUCAAAGAUCCAUCAGUGAGAGAUUGGAUCAUGCCAGAUUUUUCUACCACAACAAAUUUGGAAAAAAUGGUUGGUGCUGUUGUGUUAAUGUCAACAACCAAGAACUACUUUGAUUACAAGUAUGUUUUGCGUUGUGGCUUACCAAGUGUAACCUUAUUGGGAGAGAAAGAAGAUUGGCAAAAUUUGUACGAAAGGGCAAAGAGAUUAAUUGAAUUUGAUACAAAGGCCAAACUUAUGAAAAAGUGGUCUGACAUGUUGCUUCCUGUUUUGGAGCAAUUUGUUAAAAGUGCCUCUGGUAAUCCAGAUACCAAGUGGUGGAACAGAAUUGCUCAUGUAUUUGGAGGAGGAUCAGGACCAACCUAUAUCAGUGGAUGGAUUGGAGUUUUUUCUGCAUUUUCUGAUGCUGGUGUUUGGAGAGGAGAUGUAAAAUCAGCUAAAGAUGUUAAAAGUGAGUGGCCAAUCAUGGACAUGCAAGAUAUUUCAAGAGGUUACGUAUCUGUUCCUGUAACUGUUGAUGAUAAUGGAACAAUUUACAAGACUGAAUUGUAUGCAGGACAUAUGUGUGCCAGAUUGCACAAUAACUCAAAUGACAGCAUCAUUCCAAGAGUUGAUUGGGCACUUUUUGUAAAGCAAUAA